AUGGUGAAAACAGUGCGACAUGUAAGAAAAGCUACACAACAAGAAGUAACUGUAGAACAUCCAGAGGAGGAAGGAAUAACUAGUGAUGUAGAAAUUGAUAAUAUUUUUUCAGACCAGACAGAGGAUAUAGAACAGGACACUAAUAUUAUAGUCAGUGAUCCAUCUGCUGUAGAACACUCAGGCAGAAUACAGACGGUAGUUCAAGUGCAUACUGAAGCAGAACCACAAGAAACACCAGUUACAGUCGAUUUACCACCGGUAGAGCCAACACAUACAGUAAUGGAUCCAUUUUCUCUCUUAAUGAUGAAAAUGGAACAAAUGUUUAAUAUACAGGAACAAUCACGGAUACAGCAUGAACAAGAAACUGCUAAACAGCUUGCAACUGAGAUUAAUAAUAAUUUAGAUAAACGUAUUAGCAGAGUAGACGAACGGAUUAGGACCUUGGAUGAACGCAUCAGUCAAUUAGACGAGCGUACGCAGUUAAGCUUUUCACAGUUCUCAAAAGAGAUAGAUCAAAAGCUUGAAAACCGGUUAAAUGAACACGAUUGUCUGCCAUACAGAACAACAUUUAAAAAUGUAAAGCAAGUAACCCAGGAUGUGGACAAAUUACAACAAACACACACUUAUUUGGAAACAGUAAUACGCAACAUAAAUACGCGUAUAGAAAACCUUAUGCUUGAUAAUCAAAACGUAAUAGAACAAAAAUGCAAAGAACGUAUUGUGACCACAUUUAACACAUGGCUAAAUGACAAAGACAAACAAAUUAGUACUGUUAUACAGAAGGAACUACCUGUGAUGUUACAACGAGCAGGAACACAACUGAUACAUGAAAACAACACAAAGAUUCAUGAACUCCAGACUGAAUUACAAAACGUGCAGAAAGUGCUUAAUGAAACACGUAUGCAAACAUCUCGUAACAGUUCACCGGAGUGUGUUAGUAUCACAGAAACACAACCUGAUCAUUAUGAAACGCCUUUAACUGAAAGUAGGGGGCAGACGGGCAAUAAUUUCAAUCCAACGCGUGGAGUAACAUCCGUUUAUGAAGACCAUACACAGUCAUUGGUGACUCAGGAUGCUUUAGUGAAGAAUUCACAGUUUCAGAAGAUUACCAAUGAUAGGAACGGACACCAUCCAAUUGUGUUUAUCAAAGGGAUCCGCGGAAUAAUGCCAAAAAAUUUGGUUAUCGAAGAGGGCAGACACCAUUAUGGAAAUAAUUCGUCGAAUAAUGGUAAUGGUAAUGGGCGAAACCACAAGAACAAUAGUAAUAGAAACACCUACUAUGGGAAUCAAAAUCAUUGGAAUAGUACGAAUUAUUCAGGAUGGCAGAACCUCAAUAUGAACACAAAUGGACAUGGACAAAACAAUAACGGAAACUUUUCAAAGAAACGGAAACGAGAUUUUAGAGCUAAUGCCAAUUACAAUAUAGGUAAUUUUUCAAAUAAUCAGCAAAACAUGCAACCACCACAUACCUGGUCAACACAGAAUUAUGCACAGCAGCAAUGGCAGCAACCUAGGCCACCGCAAUAUCACAACAACAGUCAUGUACAACCCCCAUACAAUACAACUAUGUCAAAUAACAUGCAGCAGCAUAUGAAUGCGCAGCCAUAG